AACGCCUCCUGUCUUGGCAUGCUUUACUCUCUCGCGUGUAAAUCUCAUCGGUUCGGCGAAUGCUAGGGUUUCUUUCCCAAUUCGGAAGUGAAUCAGUCUUUUCAAACAUGUGCGUUUUGAUAUUUCAGAUCUAAAAUUCAUCUCUUGUUUGCUGUCUUUAGCUUGGCCCAUAAACUCCAGCCUGCCAUUUUAUUCAUUGAUGAGGUUGAUAGUUUUUUGGGUCAGCGCCGCACGACCGACAAUGAAACAUUAACAAACAUGAAAACUGAGUUCAUGGCUUUGUGGGAUGAUUUCACCACGGACAAGGAUGCUCGGGUGAUGGUUCUUGCUGCAACCAACCGUCCAUCAGAACUUGAUGAAGCAAUACUUAGACGUCUUCCACAAGCUUUUGAGAUUGGGAUACCUGACCACAGGGAGAGAGUUCAGAUACUGAAGAUUUUGAAGGGUGAGAGGGUAGAAGAUGGCUUUGACUAUGACCACAUAACCAGUUUAGCCGAUGGGUACACUGGUUCGGAUCUUCUUGAACUAUGCAAAAAAGGGGCCUAUUUUCCCAUCAGGGACCUACUUAAUGAUGAGAAGAGUGGGAAACCAUCUAAUGAACCAAGGGCAUUGUCACAGUUGGAUCUGGAGAAUGUUCUCGCCACAUCAAGAAAGACGAUGGUUGCUGCCGGUGAAUACACACUAGGAUUUUCGACGCAAAGGGAGCCAGAUGAUUAGCAGGUGCAAGCUGCAAUAGAUGGGAGACAAGAAACACACUGGGUUUUCUUCUGAAUGUCGAAGGUUAGGACCAUCAAUCUUGUUUGUCGACUUAUCCUACGCCUCUGGCUUUUAAGAAGCCAAUACACCCUCCCUCGGGUGUAGAACCCACCACAAACAACUUUUGAACGCUGCUCCUUAUUUCUGAAGAAAUAGUGCUUCCAUUCAUUCUCAGAAGACGAAUAGAUGUCAAGGCUCAAGCCUGAACCAGUAGACGCUGCAUCUAUUAGGUAGAAUCGUGAAACAGAUGGCUCGAAUGCUAUUACCAUUGAAGGAUGUCCGGCCACUUGAUUCCUGAACUUUUUGAUAGAGAUCCGCUGCCGAUUGACUGGAUUACAUACAUAAAAGUCAAGAAUGCCUUCACACAAAAGCAGGCCACGUGAAGAGCUAACCAUUUUGAAUAUCUCGGGUAUAUAUGGAAGGCCCUCCUCCAAAGGAAUGUUAUAAGAGUAAUUGUCAUAAGUAAGAAAAUCUGGAGGGUUGACUGAAUCCUGAGAGAAGAAGCCAGAAAUUUCUUUGUAGAGUUCCGACUGUCUUGCAGCUAGGUCUAGAUCAUCAUUGCUUAUCCAUUCAUUCCACGAACUACAGACGAGCGUACAUCGGAGAAAUGGUUUUGCAGGUAGACGGAUAAUGAUCUCUGGAAUGACAUCAGGAGGCAACUCUUUUUGUGUAUCAUUUCCGGCCAUUAUACAACCUGGAAGAUCAAACAAUGCAGUAAGCCCUUGAACACACACACACACAUCAUAGCUAAUAGAGGCAGUGGUUAAUCAAUAGAACCAUAUCAUUUUGUGACAUAAAUGUAAACAGGGUGUAAUCAAUAGAACCAUAUCAUUUUGUGAAUACAUGUAUACAGGGAGUAAUCAAAAGGCCAUGAGGAUUAUUUUAUAAUACUGAUACGAG